GUAAAGUAACGCUACGCUAGGCUACGCGGUGUAUCUGACAACGUGCUCAUUCCAAAUUCUCUAGUUUUCUUAAGUGCUUCAUUGCAUUGGCGCCGCUCUAGACUUGAAACUUAAUAUUCGUUGUGACUGGCGCAAUAUGUUUCCGUGUACCGUUUAGGUGCAGUUUUCCUCAAAAAAAAAUCUAUCUCGCAGUGAAUUAUUAAAGUUUUUGGUGAGGCGAAAAAAAAUCAUCAAAGUGAACAGGAUCAUGAAUUGCCGCAUCAUACUCUUCUGGCUCUUUACGAACCGUCUCAAGGAUCGAGCGGAAGGCGUUUCAGAGCACGUUAUACCGUACUGGGACCAACCAUUCUCGCAGCCAUAUUUUGAUAAUACAACGCGAAGGGAGUAUACGACUACGGUCGGACAAACAGCUCAUUUACAUUGCCGGGUCAGAAACCUAGGAGACAGAGCUGUUUCCUGGAUUCGGAAAAGGGACCUUCACAUACUAACCGUUGGGAUACUGACAUACACCAACGAUCAACGUUUCCAAUCGUUACACACUGACGGUUCGGACGAAUGGACUUUGAAAGUGACGUCACCCCAGACUAGAGAUUCCGGAAUCUACGAGUGUCAAGUUAGCACGGAGCCCAAAAUUAGUCAAGCGUUUAAACUCAACGUAGUGGUUUCGAAGGCGAAGAUAAUCGGCAAUCCCGAGCUACAUAUCAAGAGCGGAAGCGACAUCAACCUAACAUGCGUGGUCCUUCAAACGCCGGAUCCUCCUAGUUUUAUAUAUUGGUACAGAGGAGGCAACGUAAUUAAUUACUCGCAAAGGGGUGGGAUCAACGUUGUUACCGAGAAACAAACACGCACCAGCCGUCUACUGAUCUCUCGAGCCACCCCUGAAGAUAGUGGCAACUACACGUGUUCUCCUAGCAGCUCGGAUGCGGCAAGCGUCCUGGUCCACGUUCUCCAAGGAGAAACGCCAGCAGCCAUGCAACACAGCGCCGUGAUACACUGCUCUAUAGAUUUUACACUGUUAAUAUUACUCUUGUGUUUCAUCUUUGUCAGGUGAAUCGUGAAUGUUACCUAGUCACUUUUGCAAAUUGAUAUCCGUCGGACCACGCGCAUUGACUCGAGCUAUUUCCUUUCAGUUUAGUCUUGUUCAUGUCGUUACGAACCUUUUCAAGUGUCCAAUUUAAUUUCAUUUUAUAGCCACGAGAUAAGAAAAGCCAUUCUUCGCAUACACCGGUUUUCCACAUUUCGGGAAAAAUUCAACCGUUCUGCCGAACCCAAUUUUUCACAGAACCGCGUUUGAAAAUGUCACGAAUCACCCUGUAUUUUACAAUAAAAUUGGCGCUCGGUAACAUUAAUUCUACACGAACUAAGUACCUACUAAGCCCUUAUCUCAGAUUCUGGAAAAUAUAUCUAGAAAAAAAUAUCUAGAAACAAAAGUUAUUUAAAUUUACUUGGGCUUUUAAAAUAUUAUAUUAGGGUGUAUUUUCGUGGACAAGGAACAACUCUCAUAUUUUAAAUAAAAGGUCCUGUAUAUUAACGCAUUUUUAAAUUGCUCUAAACAGAUUUCAUUUAUACCUACAAUUAUUAAUCUUACUUCAAAAUUGAUGCUUAACACGUAUAUCAAUUUCUGCGGGCUUUUAGAAAGGGGCCUACUUUAAUUGACUGCGUUUAUAUUUUUAAAAUAAAUAAAAACAGAGCUAUCAAAAAGUGACAUUAAAAAUUUAAAUUAAAAAUAUCGUUCAAAGUCAUUUUUUUCAAAUUGAAACUUUGAAAAUCUGAACUUUUAGUUCUUAUUUAUUUUGUUAAAUGGAUUUUCAUGAAGUAAAAGCCACCUCACCACCAACUAAACAAUGGAGAAAAUAAAACAAAUUUAUUUUAUUAUUUGUUGUAUUAUUGUUGUUUACCAAUCUGGAUAUUUUU